GGCGCGCGGCGGCGCGCGGGAUUCGGACCGGGAUCGCCUCGGGCCGCGCCGCGGAGAUCGAGCGUGGGACGGCCCCGGGCCGGGCCGCCAUGGCCCUGGCGCUGCCCGAACCGCCGUGGCCGGCCAGCCUGACCCCGCUGAAGGCCGUGGACGAUCUGCUGCGCUGUGGGAUUUGCUUCGAUUACUUCAGCAUCGCAGUGAUCAUCCCGCAGUGCUCCCAUAACUAUUGUUCCCUUUGCAUACGGAAGUUUUUGUCCUACAAAACUCAGUGUCCAACGUGCUGUGUGGCUGUCUCGGAAUCUGACCUGAAGAACAACCGGACGUUAGAUGAGCUAGUGAAGAGCUUCAGUUCUGCCAGGCAACAGCUGGUCCAGUUGGUCUUGGAUACACCACUGAUAUCAUCUCCAUUGGCUUGUAGUAGGCGUUCAAUUGGCAAAAACCACUCCAAGACUCCUGCGUCUUUGCCAGUUGUAAAAGAAGAGGUGCCAGUGAUUGACAGCUUCUUGAAAAAGGAGAAUGUUUGUACCCUGACAAAGACAGAUGGUCUGGCAGGAACAGAUUGGAAAGUUUGCAAAACUGAGGAACAUCAUAGCAGCAGCAGCAGUUCUCCAGAGGCUGGUAGCAAAGACAACAAAGCAGGAUCAAGAGAGUGUUCUGAAGGCACCAACAGUGGUGAGAAGCCUUCUACGUCUGUGGUAAAAGUAGUCAACAAAGUGGACUGCCCUGUUUGUGGAGUUGCUAUUCCAGAGGAGUACAUCAACAAACACCUGGACAGCUGUCUGAGCAGAGAGGAAAAGAAGGACUGCCUCAGGAGUUCUGCUCACAAAAGGAAGCCCAUGCCCAAGGUUGUGUACAACUUGCUCUCUGAUCGCGACUUGAAGAAGAAGCUGAAGGAGCACGGCCUGUCUUCCCAUGGGAGCCGUCAGCAGCUCAUCAAAAGGCACCAAGAAUUUGUGCACGUGUAUAAUGCUCAGUGUGAUUCUCUAAAUCCCAAAUCGGUUGCAGAGAUUGUUAAAGAGCUGGCAAAGAAUGAGAAGAUUCGGGUUCAGCUUGAACUGAAUAAAAGUGGUGAAAAUAGCCUGACCUUUACAAAGGACCAGACAGAGGAGGAAAUAGAUGAGAUCCACACCAGUUAUCGUAACAAACACAGAAGCGAAUUCCAAUUUUUAGUGGAUCAAGUAAAAAAUCGGUGGGAGAAAAGUGGUAAAAGGGAAACAGAAAGCACUCAAAAGAAAAAAGAAGGCACUGCCAUAGGAUUGCCAGCAGGCACAGGGGAAGGUCCUGAAGAGCAUCGCUCAGCUGCAGUCCUUGGAGAAGCCCAGGUACUCAAACCAGGAACUCCUGAUGGCAAAAGAAGUGACCCUUGUUCCUCAGAGGAAGGCCAGGGCUCGGUCUCUCUUGCGUUCUCAGACUCAUCCGGAUCAUCGAGCAGCUCCAGUUCAGACAUCUUGAGAGAUCUGGAAGCUGAGAUUUGCUCGGUGUCCUCUGACAGCAACUGUCUUCUGGACCUGAAAGCUAGCAAGAGGAAGGUGUGCCAGUCUGAGCUGCCAGGAGGGGAUCGGCUGCUUCCCAGGAGCAAGAGGAAGAAGAGCUGAUGCUGCAGAGCCACUGGGUGUAGGUGGUACAGAAGGCUAAGUGCUUCUUAGACUUUUCCUGCUUCCAGUGUAUCUGGGUACUUAAUAAAGUGCUGAAUUCUUGCAUAA